CCGCGGUAAUUAUAUGCCCCUACAGGACGGAAGUAAGGCUUAUCUGGCCUGUGUCAACAUUUGCCAUUCCAAAGUAGCUCACUUUAGUGCUGAAAUAUGGGAAUAACGGUGACUGACAACAAACGGUUAAACCUAGGGUGUAGAUCUUAGCCAAUGCUAUGUUUUGCUUGCGCUAUGCACACGUCGUCGUUCUCUACCGUAGAAAUUGGUAGAAAUUAAAAUUUAAAGAGACUAGUUAUGGCAAAGCAGUCUGACCGAUCAGCGCUCCUCGACUGGGAGGAGGUUGCAGCUGUGGAGGAGCCCUCCUUGGCAACCGAAGUUAACGAAAAAUGUCCCCGAGCAACCACAGUAAGUAGCAGGGCACUUGGUAGCACUGUGCCCGGUACAGGAUGGAGUUCAGGUCCUGGAGAGACUGCGCCCGGCGAACUAACCAGCUCAGACACAGGUGUCCUAACGGAUAAGGUUGCAAGUUUGUGGGUCUUGCCAAAUGAUGUUGAUAAACUGCAAGGAAGGCAGUAUAUGGCAAAACGAAGAGACGUAGAAUGGAAUCGCAGACAGCAGGACCAAGUUAUUGCCGUGUUUGUGGUGACAUUUGAUACAAGAUCGGGUAAUAUGUUGGAAUGGUGCCUCCCACAAGAUUUUAACCUAGAUGGAGUUGAGUUCAAGUCCAUGGCCAGUGGCUCCCACAGAAUUGCCAGUGACUUUGUAUAUUUCCGGAAGGACUCUUACUUUGGCCUGGCAUGUUUUGCCAAUCUGCCUGUGGAGAGUGAACUGGAGAGGGGGGCACGGAUGAAGUCUGUGGGCAUCCUGUCUCCUUCCUAUACAACACUCUACCACCACAUGGCAUUCUUGGAAAACCAGGUCAGGGACCAGUUGAGGUGUCCUGGCCAGUACUCUGCUUUGGAGGCUUUCUUUGAGCAGAGGAAAGGUUUGCUUCCUGCCAGAACAACAUGGAACAACAUGGUUGCUGCCGUGUCAACUCCCAAACACUUCAUGAGUCCUGAAAUUAAGGUCUCUCACCCGGCUGGAUGCGUGUCUCAGUUCGUGCAGUUCUUUGGAGAACAGGUCAUGGUGCUGUGGAAGUUUGCUCUGCUGAGGAGACGCAUUCUGAUCUUCUCCCCACCUCCCGUGGGAGUGGUGUGCUACAGGGUGUACAGUUGCCUGGCAUUGGCCAGAGUGCCUUUACCUGGUGUCGGCAAAGGACUGCCUCCGUUUCGCCCUUUCUUUUAUGUGAAUGUGACCGACAUACACACCCUGGAGACAGAGCUGUCAUAUGUGGCUUGUACAACCGAAAGGAUUUUCGAGGAGAAGAAGCACCUCUUUGAUGUGUACGUGGACAAUCAGACCGUGCAGACACACAGGGAGAGCUUGCAGCCACUGCUUCGGCUCACCGGUUCUGACCGAGAGAAGUACAAUAAAUUCCAGGAAAAGAGGAAGAGGCUGGUGGGUGACUCCAGCUACACUGAAGAAGAGCUCUUCAUUUUGUUUUUCUCUGAGCUGAACACUAAGAUUUUCCAGACUCUUCUGGAGGUGGCGUCCAGUGUGGACCGCGCCCUGACCGAGCAGCACAUGCAGAGGAUGGGCCUGGACCCCAAGGCCGAUCACAAGUUCCUAGUGGACAUACUGGAGACGUACGGCAUCGAUGUCAUGCUCAUGAUUGACACCUCCUGUUGCUUCUGAAGUAAUCACAGGUGGACAACCAGAAAGUACUCCUUUUUGUGGUCACCCUCGCACAAGCUGUCAAUACCUGUCCACUUUUCUAAAGCUGGCGAACCAGCCCAAAGACUGUACUGUACAUAAAGGCAAUUUAGAUGGCAGUAAAUAUAUAUUUAAAUAUAUAAAUACAUAUAUUUGGCACUACAUGCGUAUAAGCUUUAACGAGGUCAAACACCGGAGUGGAUAAAGACUCACUGCACAGACUGAGAUUAAUUGACCACUCGUGAGUCUGAUCCUCCGCAGAUCCAUUUCCUUUCGAUCUAGUCAAGUAUCACAUAUACAGUACUGUGCAAAAGUUUUAGGCAGGUGUGAAAAAAUGCUGUAAAUCAUUGAGUCUGUCUGGGAUUACAUGAAGAUUGGUGCAUACAAUUAUCUGAGGUAAAUAGCUGUGACACCACAGUGUACAAAUUGGUCAUGCAAUAUGACAGUGCAUUUUGCAACUGGCACUUACAUUUACAUUAUUUUGAUGCAAAGGUAAAAGUGAAAAAAAAAUGCUGUAAAUCAUCGAGUCCGUCUGGGAUUACAUGAAGAGACAGAAGGA